CGUCCAUGGCGGGUCCGGCAGCGGCAGGCCUGGCGGGAGCGGCGGGACGGGAAUCUCCCAGCGGCGUCGAAGGAGCCAACCGGCGCAGGCUGGCGGCCGGGCGGGCACUUCCGGGUCGCCUCCCCUUCCGGCGGCCGGGCCCUCUCGCGAGAGCGCGGCCCCUCCCGAGGGCCGCGGCGUUGCCAUGGAGACCACCGGGCCCGCGCCGCCGCCGCGGGGCCACUGUGAGUCAGCCGGCUGAGCGCCGCCGAGGGGCUCAGCCGGCGCGGGUGGCCGGCUCACCUAUGGGACUUUGCGGAAGCAAACACAGGAGUCCCUGCUGUGGCGCAACGGGGUCGGUGGCGUCUCUAGCGCGCAGGGCCGCAGGUGAGGAGCCGGAGAGACACAUCUAUUCAAUCCCCAAGGCUAAGGAAAGGCUGAUGGACAGGCCCUCCCCAGAGCCUGAGAGGCCUCCAGACACUGAGCCUUUGGAGAGCCCACAGCAGGAGAAAGAGGCAGCUGAGCAGGAAUGGCCUGUGUCUGAAGUCCAAGAGAACCCUGCUGUGGAGUCAGAGAAGAAGAGUGUUUCCAUCCCACAGAUCGUCCUCAUAAGCGCCUCCACAGAGACGCUCACCGGCUCCAGGUGUGUUGCAGUAGAGGCGCAGGGAGCCAUCCAGGAGCACAGGGAAUGGGGCCCCUGCUUCCGACACAGGAGCCCCAGCACAGGGGACGCCUAUAACUUACAGGCCAAAGAAUAAACCAGCACCACAGUGGCUGCUGCUCCCUGUGUU